AUGUCCAACGAAACCAACUCUACUGGCGGCGCUACCAGCCUCAAGAACGUUACUACCUUCACGUUCCCGACCAGCUUCAACACCGCUGUCGCCAGCGCUGAGACCGCGUCCAUGUCCAGCGCACCUAUCAAUAACCCUGAGGGUCACCCAGUCACUCGCGCAAACACAGAAGCGGGCGACGUUUCGCAGCAAUUCGUCCAGCUGCAUAUCAAUCACAUUGAAGCCAGGCUUCGCAACAUCUCUUCGCUGUCGACUGUCAGCACAAAUUAUUCAGACGGUGCCGCUUCUCUCCCUCUGCUGUCCAAUGACACAAAGGACUCUGUCCAUUGCCCAGAGUUUUCCAAUUGGAGUGAGGACGCCGAGCAGCUCGUUCGCGCUGGGUUGGCGAAGCUGGCUCAGCUGGCAAAAGAUGAGAACAAGAACGCGCCGGAGAAGUCGGAAGAGCAGUAUUUUUCUGAGCACCUCAGCAAGUUGAUCGCUGGCUGUGAUAUCAAAUUUGAUCCUUCAUACCUGAAGUAA